GGGUCCACUAAAAUUUCCAAAAGGCUGCCCCUCCAUCUUCACCGCAGACUUCGACAUCGCGAAGAUUUCAGGAUCUCAAACUUUGCGCCACCAGGAUAUCGUACGCCAAAGGUCGACUGCUUGUCAGAAUCCCAGUUACUUCCAUAUAGCGCGACAUUCCGACACUUCACACAAGCACCAUGGGUAAAGCGAAAGCUGGCAAGCGGAAUGCUGCCGCCUCUUCAGGAAGCCCGUACUCCCGACCUUCUCAGAAGACGAACAAUGUCUUCAAGUUCAACACAAAUGUCGGUCAACAUAUCUUGAAGAACCCCGGUGUGGCGGAUGCGAUCGUUCACAAAGCCGAACUUAAGCCCACGGAUACUGUUCUCGAAAUCGGUCCUGGAACUGGUAACUUGACAGUGAGAAUUCUCGAAAAGGCGAAGAAGCUCAUUGCUAUCGAAUUCGACCCUCGAAUGGCGGCCGAAGUGACAAAGCGUGUGCAAGGGACUCCGGAGCAGCGCAAGCUAGAUGUCAUGCUCGGAGAUGCGAUCAAAGUCGAAUGGGUUCCUUUUGACGUGCUCAUUUCAAACACACCUUACCAGAUCUCUUCGCCCCUGGUUUUCAAGAUGCUGGCGAUGCCGAAGCCGCCGCGGCAAGCGAUUCUCAUGUUCCAGCUCGAGUUCGGACAAAGACUUGUGGCCAAGCCCGGCGACAAGCUCUAUGGAAGAUUAAGUGUGAACGCCAACUUUUGGGCUACAUGCUCCAAUGUGAUGAAGGUGUCAAAGGCCAACUUCAGGCCGCCCCCCCAGGUCGACUCCUGCGUUGUGCGCAUUGUGCCCAAGCAGGGAGCUGAGCGUCCCACCAUCGCGUUCGAGGAAUUCGACGGCCUUCUUCGCGUAUGCUUCAACCGUAAGAACAGAACCAUGCGAGCCAGCUGGCUUGGUACGAAGGAAGUGCUCCAGAUGCUGGAGAAGAACUAUCGCACAUGGGCUGCCAUGAACAACGUGCCCCUGGACGACUCCCUUGUCGAGGAUGACGAGGACGACGCCAUGGAAAUGGACGACGACGCGGAUGCCGGCGGAAAUGAUGAUGAUGAUGUUGAGCCCAUGGACGACGACACACCCGAGUUCUUCAAGGAGCUCAACGCUACAGCCGCCAAGGCGCCCGAGAAGACGAAGAGCAAGCGCAAGAAGACCAAGGUUGCGGCGCUCGUGCGGAGCAAGAUUGAACGCGCGCUCGAGAGCACCGAGCUCAUGGAGAAGAGAGCUCGAUUGUGCGAUGAGACGGAUUUCUUGAAGCUGCUUUCUGCUCUCAACUCUGAGGGCAUUCACUUUGCUUAGAUGUGUCCGUCCUCUGACGGAAAUGGCCGGUCUCUGUUAACAAAAUUUACUUUUAUAGAACGGGCAGUCAUGGCCUGGCGUUUGGGCGUACAAAAUGAGAGGAGAUAUCAGGUUUGCGGAAUCGAAAUGACGGUAGCAGGCUGUGGAUCACAUUCAAUGAAGA